AUGGAGGGGGGAAUGCGGGCGACACUGCUCCUCAGCAGUGACGCGGAAGGCGGCGCAUCUGGCACCGCCAUGGGGCUGUGGGGAGUGGCCUUGCGUGAGGCGAUGAUGGCUGCAUGUGUGAGCGGUGUUGUGUUCGUGCUCCAGCUGGUUCGUGCUGACCUAUAGGGAUGUGUACCGGUCUGUCAGGGAGGUGAAAGACAGCAUCGAGUCGGACAGGACGGCUGAAAUGAAAAAGCAAACGUGAUCACUGGCAGCCAUCAUCUUAACUCGCGUCUUGCUGCGAGCUCGUGGGGGCGUGUCGGGGCGAGGAGACUGCGAAAGAGGUGAGUCACCGGUUCAUCCGCACUCCGACGCCACGACAGUGUAUCCCUCCAUCCAUCCAGUCAUCUCCUCCAUGUGUGUGUUUCGUCAGAUGAUGGCCGAGAUCAAGGCAAAUCGGCCGCUGCCCUCGAGUGCUGCUGCUGGGGAGAGGGAGGGGAAUGGGAGGGGGAGGGAGGGAAGGGGGUGGGGGAGGGGGAGAAGGGGAGGGCGGCAACGGCCGCCAGCGACCGGCGCCCCUCCGUCGCUUCAACGGCAGCCCCCCACGGCCGGUCAUCGAGCCUGCUGCUGCAGCAGACGGGCAGCCUGGAGAGCAUCCCCGAGGUCUCAGGGGGAGAGACCUCGGGGGUGGACGUGCAUGCCAAGAGCGACCCGCUGUCCGAGCUGGGCGAGCGAGGUCAGGGAAGGGAAAUGAGGCAGAGAGGGAGAGAGACGAUAGAAUUGCAGUGAUUCCGUUUUUGUCUGUUCAUCGCUACAGAGGUCGAGAAGUGCUGCCGCUUGUCCAUCGAGGACACCUCCGAGAGCACAGGGGAAUCGCUGAAGCGAGGUGAGAGAGACGGACAUGUGUCUGCACACACGAAGAGAGACACAGACUUGGAUGAUGGGUGCACGCACAAAGCCGUCCUCUUUGUUUCUACCUGUUCGAUACAGCGCUCACGACGUACAGCAUCGAGCCCUGGCUCGACCAAGGGCUCGACGACGAGGAGGAGGAAGGUAAGGAGAGUGACACUCACUGGUGGCGCGUGUGCUUAUUCAUCGCUGUAUAUAUGUGUUGAUUGGCUCUGUGUGCUCUGUCUACAGCCUCACAACAGCCGCCAAAGGCCACGCCCACCCCAGCAAGAGUGCUCCCGCCCACCCGCCGCACCAAGGAGGACAACACCAUCCACUACAAGUCCUACCCCCGGGAAAUCAAGACAUGGUGGAAUCGAAUGCGGCGGGUGCUGUCGGUGGGGUUUGCCUCAUGCGGUGGAAGAAUGCCGCCCCGAUCUCGCCUACCCACCGCCACGGUGCGCCAAGAGGUUCAGACAACGGACCGAUGCCCCCACCUUGCCAAGACCCCCUGGUGAUGGGCGCGG